AUGGCUGCAAACGUUCGUGAAUUUCCAGUAUUUCGGCCAUUGGUCACUCAAAAGGUCUCUACGGAUUCUGGAAGCCAUUCGAAAACAGAACCAGUUGGUGCGUUGAAGAGCUUGCAGGACUUACCAGAGAUGCCGCUAGAUAUAAUCCAUGAGGUCCUUGGCUAUCUUGGUCCUCAAGACCUACACAAUCUCCUCAAUUCUACCCGAGGUUUUCGGUCGUUUCUUCUGAAAGAUUCGUCUGCGCCGCUAUGGGCCACAGCUCGAGCCAAUGUCCCAGAGCUUCCCCCUCUCAUCAAGGGCAUGGAUGAAGUGUCCUAUGCAAGCCUGCUUUUUGACAAACAUUGCGAGGUGAGACAGUCCCCCUGGUGA